AUGGAGGAUGUCGACAAGAAAAGUUGUAUGCUUUCUUCCACACGCAAGUCUUUGACUUAUGUCACCAAUUAUGGCAUAAUUAUCCUUUCCAAGCGAGAAGAUGUCUUUAUACCGAGGCUUAAACUGAAGAACUUUACCAUGGUGCCUACCAAUUAUGCUGAGAAAAUCAUCAUAAACCUCAUCAAUUGCCACCCAAUAACUGGUGUUAUAAAAACGACUCAAGAGUUCAUUGAACUCGAGAAUGAAAUCUUUACAGGACCAAUCAAUGAAUACUCACACCUGUACGGAAGCCAUACAAUGCUGGUGGUGGGUUAUGGAGAGGAGGAUGGGGAAAAAUUUUACUGGGUGCGAAACUCCUAG